AUGCUGGCCGUCGACGAACACGCGUGGGAGCGCAGCGCCUGCGAACCCGGGCCCAAGGAGCUCCGCGAUCUCAGCCUUGAAGAUGAUGAUCAUGGAGACAUCGCGCUCGUCCACGCGCAUGCCGUAGCUGCGCAGGAUGCUGCGCACAGGCACAUCGCAGCAGUCCACGAAUGUCUUGCGCACGCCCAGCCUUGGCGAGAUGCUGCUCCCAACGAGCUCCAUGCACCAUUUAGUGCUGGAUGGGCUACAGGUAUGGUUAUUUAUCACAAAGAUUCUAUUUAUGUUUCUUUGACUGACCAUGCACAUGGUCUUUAUAAAUAUAUUAUUCUGUACUACUUGUCCCAUGAUGUAAUGGCUUACCUAUUGGAAUUUGCAGCAAGGCCAGCCAAGCUUGUUAAAGAUUGUGAAAUGACUGCUCCAGAGACAACUAUUCUUUACCCUAAUGCAGGUGGUAACAUUCACACUUUCAGAGCCAUCACACCUUGUGCUCUCUUUGAUGUCCUUUCUCCACCAUACUCCGCUGAGGAUGGGCGGCACUGUUCAUACUUCCGAAAGUCUCAAAUGAAUCAACCACCUGGUAUGUGGAGAUCUUGA